AUGAGUGAAAUAUUUGGUCCAACAACUUCGACUGCUGAAAUCAGUAUCGAGAAGAGAUUUAUCAAUGUUGCAACUCAACAUGGCAACGUCAACAAUGCUGAUGAAGAGAAUAUUGUAGUUCUCUUAGUCAGCCGUUCACCAAACCGCGAAACUGAAGAUGAAGUCGUUUGGCAUGAAGACUUGGAAAAAUGCAUUAUUCAGGCUAACGAUGAUUAUUCAUGCUUCUUCCUUAAUCCAAGAUAA